CUCAACUUUCCAUGGUGGUCUAUCCAAUCAACCGUAACCUAUGUAGAAGCUCUGUUGUUAAGUACGGUUGAUGCUGAUGGCUUCGCGGAUCUUAUUUUGGAAAUAACUUCAAAUAAAGCAGAUUUGGCAUGUAGAGCUGUUGCGGAAGCUGUUUCUAGAAAUCCCCUAAAUGACCCUCAAAUUGAAAAGGUCUCAUUCCAACUGAGACUACCAUGCGGCCGUAUUGAAUACUCGGUAACUCAAGCGAACAUGUUAAGGAAUCAUCCCCAGUUUAAUGCGGUGCGAAGGACGGUGUUCUUUGUGGCAGGAUUUUUUGCUCCACCUGAAAUAUAUUUUAUUUCGGACAUGGCAAAAGCCUAUAAUUGCCGAGGAGGUUACAACUUUGUGCUAUACAACACUGGAACUUAUCUGGCGACUUUAUAUGCCAACACCGCCUACAACACCGGCAAGCUGGGUAGAUUUUUGGCCAUAGGUUUGCGCAAUCUGGGGCUUUCACCCAAUCGGAUACAUUUAGUUGGUCAUAGUUUGGGUGCCCAUAUUGUGGGUAUUGCUGGGCGCUAUUAUUACAAACUAACAGGGCGGAAAAUAGCACGAAUCACAGGUCUAGAUCCAGCACGGCCUUGUUUUCGAACUCCUUCCAUUUUUCCAAGUUUACAAAGAGGCUACGCCCAAUUCACCGAUAUUAUCCACUCAAAUCCAUCGGAACUUGGCACGGAGGAGUUAUUGGGUGAUGUAGAUUUCUUUCCAGGAGGACUCUCUCCCACAAGAAAAGGAUGCGGAAUAAAUAUUCGUUGUUCCCAUGAAAUCUCCAUACAAUAUCUUGCCGAAUCUAUUUAUCCCGGCAAUGAGCUAAACUUUAUUGGGUAUCAGUGCGAAGACUAUCAGGAUUUGGCUAGGAAAACAUGCAGCGGCCCCAGAUCAAUUAUGGGGUUUGCCAAUGCUGGCCGCUCGAGAGGAAUGCAUUAUGUGCCUGUAAGGCCCGAAUCACCAUUUGGGGCAAAUGCAACCACCGAUGACUCAUAUCGGUUUGAUUCGUGUGGGCGAUGUGUUAGUUGAUGAGAAUGUGAUUGGGUAAUAAAUGUCUGUGAUAAAAAAAAAAUUCUGAGAAGUAACUUUUAAGUUAGGUUGUGCAAAAGGUACCCAACAAGACCACCACAG